AUGGAAUUGGGUGGUGCUCUCAGUGUUGAUCCCAUUCCACUUCUUACUCCUUACAAGAUGGGAAAAUUCAAUCUUUCUCAUAGAGUUGUAUUGGCACCAUUGACUAGACAAAGAUUCUACCACAAUGCCCCUCAACCACAUACUAGUCUAUAUUACUCUCAAAGGACUUCUCAAGGAGGUCUUCUCAUUGCUGAAUCUACUGGUGUCUCUGAAAAUUCUCUAGGGUAUCCAAACACACCAGGCAUUUGGAGAAAAGAUCAAGUGGAAACUUGGAAACCCAUUGUAGAUGUUGUUCAUGCCAAAGAUGGUAUUUUCUUUUGUCAGAUUUGGCAUUGUGGAAGAGCUUCAAAUUCAAAUGGCCAAACACCAAUAUCUUCUACUAACAAAUCACUCAAACCACAAACUCGAAGCAAUGGCAUUGAUAUUGCAAACUUCAAGCCACCGAGACGGUUAAACACCCAUGAAAUUCCUCAUAUUGUCAAUGAUUUCAGAAUUGCUGCAAGGAAUGCCAUUCUAGCUGGUUUUGACGGGGUUGAGAUCCAUGGAGCUCAUGGCUACCUAAUUGAGCAGUUUAUGAAAGAUAAAGUGAAUGACAGAACUGAUAAAUACGGCGGAACCAUUGAGAAUCGCUGUCGAUUUGCUUUAGAAAUCGUUGAAGCUGUUGUGAAUGAGAUUGGUGCAGAAAGAGUUGGAAUUAGAUUAUCGCCUUUCGCAGAAUAUGGAGAAUGUGGAGACUCAAAUCCUGAAUUAUUAGGACUUUAUAUGGUUAAUGCCCUCAACAAAUUCAAUAUUCUUUACUGUCACAUGGUGGAACCAAGAAUGAAAACUAUUACUGGAAAAGUCGAAUGUCCCCGAAGCCUGUUACCGAUGCGAAAGGCCUUUAAUGGUACUUUUAUAGUCGCAGGAGGGUACUCGCGACAAGAAGGGAACGAUGCUAUAGCUGAAAAUAGAACAGAUCUUGUUGCUUAUGGUCGUUUGUUCAUAGCUAAUCCGGAUUUACCAAAGAGAUUCGCGCUUAAUGCACCUCUCAGUCAGUAUAAUCGCGAGACAUUCUAUACACCCGAUCCAGUUCUUGGUUAUACGGAUUAUCCAUUUCUUGGUUAA